UAACAAAUUUUCAAAAUUAUACUUUAACUUGUAGACAAUUAGAUUCAAUUUCGACAAAAUCAUAACGUAUAGUGUAGAUAAAGGAUACAAAUAUAGUUCAUUUAGUAUUAGAAGAGACUACACACGUUAUAAAAAUGUUAAAAUUAUUAAUAUUAUGUUCGUGUUGUGUGUUCGUAUGGUCAGAAAAAGUGCGCUAUGAUAAUUUCACGUUGUAUAAUGUAAAACCAUUAACUGAAGAACAUUUAAAAUAUUUGAAAGAUUUGUACGAAGAUACUGAUGUUCUUGAUUUCUGGAGUACACCUUCAAUUGUUGAAAAUCAUGUCAGUGUUGUUUCUCCACCAGAAACAAAAGAAGAGUUUCAAAAUGCACUCAAAAGUCAUGGAAUCGGUUAUGAUGUUGUAUUGGAAGAUAUUCAGAAAGAAUUUGAUGACCAAACACGGAAUAGAAGGAAACGCGAUAGUGGGAUGUAUUGGACCAACUAUCAAACUAUUGAUGAAAUUUACGAAUGGUUACAUGAACUUGCAAGAACUCAUAGUAAUUUUGUUACUUUGAUUCAUGCUGGCAAAUCAUACGAAGGUAGAAAUAUCACUGGGGUGAGAAUAUCUCGUAGAUCUGGAAGAAAGGCUUUCUUUAUCGAUGGCGGUCAGGUCGGAGCGGAUUGGCUAUCACCUACAGUUGUCACUUAUUUAAUAAAUCAAUUGGUGACCGGAGAUGACCCUGAAGCUAGGUCAGCGUCAGAGGAUUUCGAAUGGCAUAUCUUCCCGAUUGUCAAUCCUGAUGGACACCAAUUUUCCCAAGAUUCUGUGAGACUUUGGAUGAAAAAUCGUAGACCUUCGAGGAGUUCCGCUAUAGGAGUUGAUCUUUCCAAAAACUGGAAUUCACAAUGGGCAGUAAGCGGAGGCAGCUUCAAUCCGUCAGACAGUAAUUACAUAGGCCUAGGCCCAUUCUCAGAGCCUGAAACGAGAUAUGUAUCGCGUUACAUUGAUACUAUCGGUACCAAUCUUGCAGGAUUAUUAUCCUUUAGAGCAUUUGGUCAAAGGCUUUUGAUACCAUUCGCCCACACAAUAGAACCAAUGUAUAACUAUCGGGAUAUGUUGACGAUUGGCAGAAGAGCUAUGGGAUCAUUGGCUGUUAAAUACAAUACGCAGUAUCUCGUGGGAACUUCGAAGGAGGUGUAUGAUGGCUCAACUGGAACAAUCGCUGAUUGGGUUAAACAUCGCUUCAAUCCACCAGUUGUAGCUACAUACCAACUAAGAGAUCGAUCUUGGGGCUACACAUUACCAGUAAAUCAAGUUCUACCAUCCUGCGAAGAAACAUAUGACUCGAAGUGUAUAAUGGUAGAAAUGAAGAUACUUGUAACAAAAAUUAUUUUGCUCUUUGCCUUUGUAUCCUGUGAAAAGGUCCGAUUUGAUAAUUACUCUCUGUACAAGAUAUUUCCGAAAAAUGAAAAUCACAUCUCAGUACUUCAAGAGUUAAGAAAUAAUGAAGAUAAAUAUGAUUUUUGGAAAGACCCUGCAGUGGCUUCGGAAUUUAUAAGCGUCCUGUCAAGUCCUCAAGAUAAAAGCGAAUUAGAAAGUUUCCUGAACUACUAUAACAUUGAAUUUGUUAUCACACAGACAAAUAUUCAAGAGAUAAUAGAUAAAGAAAAUGUCGCAACCUAUACAAGGAACAAUCUCAGAAACAUGACAUGGACCAGAUAUUAUGACAUGGAAAGUAUCAAUUCUUGGUUAGAUGAUUUGGUGUCCUCAUAUUCUGUUGUAACAGCUAUAGUUGGUGGAAGGUCAUUAGAAGGUCGUGAUAUAAAGGGUAUCAAAAUAUCACAUGGGUCCGGAAGAAGAGCGAUAGUUCUAGAAGGCGGUAUCCAUGCUAGAGAAUGGAUAUCACCAACAGCAGUCUGCUAUAUUAUUGAUCAACUAUUAACAAGCAAUGAUAGAGAAACCAGAGCGGCUGCUGCUGAUUACGAUUGGUACAUAUUUCCAGUUACCAACCCUGAUGGGUACAUAUUCAGUCAUCAAGUGAACCGAAUGUGGCGUAAAAAUCGCAGACCUAUAGGUUCUAAUUACGGCGUUGAUUUGAACAGAAACUGGAACAACAAUUGGCUUGUUCACGGAUCAAGUAGUAAUCCCGCAAGGGACGAUUACGCUGGUCUUGGACCAUUCUCGGAACCGGAAUCGAGAAGUCUUUCUUCAUACCUUUUAACACUACAGGGUAAAAUAGAUCUUUACCUUUCCUUCCAUUCUUUCGGACAUCUCCUUUUGCUGCCAUUUGGAAAUACAACUGAGCCUCUAGCUAAUUAUCAUGAUGCAAUGAAUAUUGGAAGAAGAGCAAUGGGUGCAUUAUCAGUUAGGUACGGGACAAAGUACGUCACGGGAAACAUUGCUGAAGCUAUUUACCUUGCAACAGGCGGCAGUAUUGAUUGGGUCAAAGAACAUCUUCAAGUACCUUUGGUAUAUUGCUACGAGUUACGUGAUCAAGGAACCUAUGGGUUCCUUUUGCCGGAAAAUCAAAUCCUACCCAACAAUGAGGAAGUAAUGGAUUCAGUUAUCGAACUGAUCCAUCAAGCGAAACGAUUUGGAUACAUGAGUAGCGCGUCCGGACUUAAAGCCAGUUUAUUAAUGUUAACAGCUCUAGUUUUAUUCUACAUUUUUUAAAUACUAAGAUAAAUGUUAAA